GGAACGCUUCUUUCAACAGCAGCAACAGUUAGUCAGACACCUCGGUAGCUUGCUAGACAAAAUAGCCGAACCAAUAAAGCUCUUUAGACGCUUUAGUGUAUAUUACCCACUGCAUUUUUAACCCACUUCUGUCGUCUAGUUAGUUAUCCGAUUUAAUUUAAUAUUUACGGUGUUGUUGUUAUUAGUCAGCUAGCGGGCUGGUUUCGUUAGCAUUAGCUUAGCUAGCGAACAUCUCCGACCAUGAGUUCACCAAGCUACUCUCCUGAUAAAGAAGAGGCGGUCUGCUGGACGAAGAAAGAAGCUCUGGUGAAAGUGGAGAAGGAAGAGGAGGCUGUUUCAAUACAAAAACAAGUAGAUGGCGAGGCUGUUUCCGUGAAAGAAGAAGAGCAAGACGUUAGAGUGAAAGAAGAGGAAGACGCGUUCAGAGUGAAAGAGGAGGAGGAUGUUACAGUAAAAGAAGAGGAGGAAGAGAAAGAGGAUGAUGCAGUUUUUGGAGUGAAAACGGAGGAGGAGAUGACUGUCACAUCCAAAAAAGAGGAGGAAGGAGAGGAGGAAACUGGACAUCUGGGCCCGGUUUCCCAAACGCAUCUUAAAGCAUCCAAUGGUUCUAACGGUGAACUUAGCCGUAAGAUGCUUUUGAGAAACCGUUCCCUGAUUAACACUAGAGAGAGAAGUGAUUAUUGUGGAUCCUCUGGGGAGCCUCAACAACCUCAUCAUGCUGACGAGGCAGAGAAAAGUAUCUUCACAUCAGAACACAUCAAGAAACACCAGCAGAGACCCACAGGGAAGAAACCUCACCACUGCUCUGACUGUGGGAAGAGUUACUUAAGAUCAAAUUCACUGAAAGUACACCUGAGAAUACACACUAGAGAGAAACUUCACUGCUGCUCUGACUGCGGGAAGAGAUUCACCUCUUCAGUAGACCUUAAAAUACAUCAGAGAAUUCACACUGGAGAGAAACCUUAUGGCUGUGAUCAAUGUGGGAAAAGUUUUAGUCAGCCAAGCAACCUGAAAUCACACCAAAGAAUACACACAGGAGAGAAACCAUUUAGCUGUAAUCAAUGUGGUAAGAGUUUUAUUCAGUCAAGCAGCCUGAUAGUGCACCAGAGAACACACACAGGAGAGAAAUGUUAUAGCUGUAAUCAUUGUGGGAAGAGUUUCACUCAGUCAAGCAGCCUGAUAGUGCACCAGAGAACACACACGGGAGAGAAGCCAUAUGACUGUCCUCAAUGUGGGAAGAGUUUUGUUACAUCUGGCAGUCUGAAGACACACCAGAGAACACACACGGGAGAGAAACCUUAUAGCUGUGAUCAAUGUGGGAAGAGUUUUACUCAGCCAAACAGCCUGAUAGUACAUUUGCGAACACACACAGGAGAGAAAUCUUAUAGCUGUGAUCAAUGUGACAAGAGAUUCUCCGAUAAAAGAUUUCUGAUCAAACAUCAGAAAAUACAUACAUGAAGGAGUUGUUUCAUGAUAUCAAUGAAAUAAUGUCACAAUGUGGAAUGUUUUUUAAAUUGUAGAAGGAGUAUUUUAAUGAAUGUAACAAUAUAGAACCCUAAGUGUUUGCCCCCUGUUUAUUUGACUUUAGCAUGAUUUUUAGCCUCAGGGGAAAAUCCAGCUCUGAAUUGAGAGUACUAUUUAUGAGAUUUAACAAAACGUGUUGUGUAACACCAUGUUUGCCACCCUCUUGAAUCAAAAUGGUAAACUUCAAAAUGUAGCUGACUGUCUUCUUCAGGUUGUCCUCUAACCAGUGAGGUAAAAUAUAUCUCCCAUUUCCAUGUGUUUUUUUAAUUGUGUCAGUUUCAACAGCACAUACAACUGAUUUCCCUGCUAAUCGAUAUCGGUGAUUUAUUGCUACUUGUCAAAACAACAGCGUUUCUGGUGCUUGUGCAGUUUUUAUGGUGCUUCUAUGAUUAUUGUGGCAGAUAUGUGUUUAUUUUUUUAUUUAACCUUUAUUUAACCAGGUAGGCUAGUUGAGAACAAGUUCUCAUUUGCAACUGCGACCUGGCCAAGAUAAAGGAAAGCAGUGUGACAC